UGUAAUGUUCAGGCUCAGAAAUGCCUUAUGUGGAUCGUCAGAAUCGCAUUUGUGGUUUUCUAGACAUUGAAGAAAAUGAAAAUAGUGGGAAAUUUCUUCGAAGGUACUUCAUACUGGAUACCAGAGAAGAUAGUUUUGUAUGGUACAUGGAUAAUCCACAGAACCUGCCUUCUGGAUCGUCACGUGUCGGAGCCAUUAAACUCACCUACAUUUCAAAGGUUAGCGAUGCAACUAAGCUGAGGCCAAAGGCUGAGUUCUGCUUUGUUAUGAAUGCAGGGAUGAGGAAAUAUUUCCUACAAGCCAAUGAUCAGCAGGACCUAGUAGAAUGGGUAAAUGUGUUGAACAAAGCUAUAAAGAUUACAGUACCAAAGCAGUCAGACUCACAGCCUCAUUCUGAGAACGUGAGUCGCCAAGGUGAGUGUGGUUCGAAGAAGCAAGUGUCUUACAGAACUGAUAUUGUUGGCGGUGUACCCAUCAUCACUCCAACUCAGAAAGAAGAAGUAAAUGAAUGCACCGAAAGUACUGACAGAAACAAUUUGAAACGAUCGCAAAGCCAUCUUCCUUACUUUACUUCUAAACUACCUUCAGAUAGUGCAGUUAUCAAAGCUGGGUAUUGUGUGAAACAGGGAGCAGUGAUGAAAAACUGGAAAAGAAGAUAUUUUCAAUUGGACGAAAACACAAUAGGCUACUUCAAGUCUGAACUGGAAAAGGAACCUCUCCGUGUAAUACCACUUAAGGAGGUUCACAAGGUCCAGGAAUGCAAGCAGAGUGACAUAAUGAUGAGGGACAACCUCUUUGAAAUUGUAACAUCGUCUCGAACUUUCUAUGUGCAGGCCGACAGCCCUGAAGAGAUGCACAGCUGGAUUAAGGCGGUGUCCGGUGCCAUCGUCGCGCAGCGGGGGCCUGGCCGCUCGGCGUCUUCUGUUGACUCUAAUCUUAGCUUUGCACUGUGUUCCAGAUGCGGCAGGCCAGAAGGCUGUCGAACCCUUGUAUACAGAGGUAUACAUCAAGGACGGGGAAUGCAGCACGAGCAUCCCAGCUGCGCAGAACCCAGGCACGCCUUGCGCCCCGCCGCCGCCGCCUCGCAUUCCACAGCCUCUCGCAGCCACUCUCUGGUCUCAAGCUUUACCGUGGAGAAGCGAGGAUUUUACGAAUCUCUUGCCAAGGUCAAGCCAGGGAACUUCAAGGUCCAGACUGUCUCUCCAAGAGAACCAGCUUCCAAAGUGACUGAACAAGCUCUGCUAAAACCUCAAAGUAAAAACGGCCCUCAGGAAAAAGAUUGCGACCACGUGGACUUGGAUGACGCCACCCUUCCAGUCAGCGAUGUGUAAGGUGGAAGCACGCGGAGCCCGAUCUGCCUCUCACCCCCUCGGUUUCCUUUCAUGAGGCUUCUAGCCAAAGAUGGUAAAGGGCAAAAUGGUUUUCAGUGCGCAUAUCAUACUGCCUCUUAGAUGUACUCUAUAAGCUGGUAAACCAAGAAUCUGGAGUGGCCAAACUACAUGUAAUCUCUUUUUAAAAUAAGGAAAGAAAGAGAAAAACCUAAGUGUCUCAUUAUCAACUGUCUGAAGUUUCGUGUGUUCUCAUUUGGGUGAUGAAAAUGUGUGCGUGAUAUUCUUUCCUAGUGAUUUUGACAAUUUAAAUGUUUAACAACUUAAAACAUUAAAAAUGUUUAUUGUUUUGGUCCUUUUUAAAAUGCUACUAUGAUUUCCUAUUAGAUGUUGAUAUUUACACAUUCUUUCUGGUUAAUAUUAUUGAAUGAAAUAUUACCAGACUAAGAUAUCUAAAGUCAUGAUGUCUGUGGUGCUGUAAAAUUUAUACGACAAUGUGGACUGUUUUGACAUGAUUUUUGAUGCCCUGGGUCUCAAGAUGAGUGAUAAGUUUUGCAUAGAGGAUGUUAUUGGACUGUCAGUGAGGCUCGUGAGUUGUACUCUGGUGGAGAGAAGGGGAAAAUUAGAUUUUAAACAGCUGUAUCUUGGAUGUUCGUUUGAAAAAGCUUGAAUAGGACUUGAAGCACUCAUUGCUUUAUUCACUGAAAAUGAUUUAGGAUGAAAUUUCUGGGAGAUCUGAUUUUCUUAUCAAAGUUUUGUACAUAGUUCUUAUUUCUAUAUUUGGAUCAGUGAAAGACCUCAAGUUUAUAUGUAAAGACAUACUACCCUGGGUCAUGCUGUUGUGGCCUCUACUUUUUGUCACCAACAACCUUUAUGCAAGUGCCUGUGUUUUCCAUCUUGUUAACGUGCUCAAAAGUCCUGUGUGAUUGGCUUUAAACAUCGAAAUCAAAUUAAGUUUCAGUAGCAUAGUUUAAUACGUUAAAUAAGAAAACAUUUUAUGUUAGAGAUACCAGAGCGCUGGUGUUCUACUACCUGUGCAAUAUAUGUAUUUUAAAACACAAAUUUGAGUAUACAUUAAUCACGGGGAUGUCAUAAAUAUAAGCACCCUUCUAAAAAAAUCCUUAGGUCGAGGUGUUGAAUAAUCGACCGUUUGAGCAAGUGCCAUUUUUGCGGUUCAGUCUUAAACAUUUGCUUUAAGAAUAUAGUCUUGAAUUUCACAUGCUGCUAUUUUAUUUUUUUUUUUAUUUUUUUUUAUUUUACCAUUUUACAGUACUGUUUUGUUUUAAAUUCACACAUGUCAUGUUUCUCCUUUUCAUUUUCUAAGACGACUUCAUGUCUGGAGAGAGAUUUCCUGCUGUAGAGGUGGAAUCAGAGGUGACUGUCUUUUAUACUAGAAUCAUAGCAUCCGUUUCAAAACUCAGCUGCAUAAUGAUGCACCACUCAACUUUUUUUAUUCAUAAGCUAAUAUUUUUUAAACAUUUAGGUUUUUUGUUUUUUGCAGCUACAUUUGAAAAUGAUGAGUGAAAAAGUUUUAAGUGAUUGUCACUUUUUAUCCAUUGUAAUGGCUCUGUCGAAAGUUCUUUUUUCAUGGCACACUUACUAAGAGAUCGUGUGUAGACAGUUUGUGAUAUUCAGGAGCCGAAUGCUGUUUUCUUUGGUACAGCUUCCACAAUGCAUGUUUAUUUUAGCAUAUUUUGGUAUUGGUAAUUUGAUAUAUUUCAUAGAGGCCAAAUACUAGCUCUAUUUUGGGACUUUUUAUGGAACUGCCCUUGUAUUCGGUAGCAUAGGAAAGUGUUCUUGUGAUUGUUGGGGUCUCCUAAUAUUUAUCUCAAUACUUUUAUAAUUCUAUGAAAAUUAUUUAAUUAUUUUAAAACUUAUACUUUUCUUGUAAAUAUGUCACAUCCGAAUUGUCCAAAAAUUACUUCGAAUACCUUAAUAUUUGCUGCAUUUUUUUUCUGUACAGAUAACGUCUUUCAGAAUGGGAAUGUAUGUGUGCUUCCCAGUGUUUACUUUUAUGUCUAUUAUCUUUAUACAUCAAACUGGUUGAACACUGUAAUGACUUGAGAAUAAACCGUUCAAAUUAAUUCUAACUUACUUCUCAUUUGGUCGGUUCUGCCUCUGUGUGAACAAAUAGAACUAGUACAAAAUGUGUUAGGUUAAUUGACCUGAAUUUAUAUAAGUAAGGACAGACUAUUUAGUAACAUUCGAAAGGCAUAGUUCGAUAUGUUAUCGCACAGAGAAAAACGAAUCUUUUGAGGGGAAAAAAAGCUUGCUUAUUUUGCUUAAGUAAAACAGUCUCAAAAGCAAAAUUAAAGGUGUUGGCUUCAGAGCAUCGUCCGAAUCAUCCGGGCCGUUUGCAGUGCUUGUUUAUUGGUUAGACUGGACGUGACGUGAGGAAGGCGGAGUGUAGAAGGUGUUUUCAUCCUCAGGUGGGCUGCUGACGUGCGCUCAUGAAGAACUCCCCGUCACGCGUUAGAGGCUUCCUCUUGCAAACCCGCUAUUAUUAACGAAUAGUUUGUGUCUGCUAUGUAUCCAGCAUCUAAUAAUAAUGGAAUCGGAUAAAGGACUUCUGUCUUGGUAAUUUUUAUUAACUGGUACAACGUCAUUUUCUUCCUCUGACGAGUAUUUUAAAUGUUUUAUUUUUUUAAAAAUGAGAACGUUCUAAACUUCGUUGCUUUCACAAAAGAAAUCCCUCCCUCGGCUUGCCUUUUACUUCUAGUUGCAGAAUUUUCCUUCAGUGAUGCUCAGACUUUUAUCAGUUGGUGAAGCAGGAAGUAUUUGUAUAAAAAGCACCAUGAUAUCACAGCUUAAUACCAGAUUUGGUGAGAAUCUUCUUAGUCUUUAGAAGGGUUUGCCAGUCUACAUAGGACGUAAGGAAAAAUAUAGAUGAGUUUGUAUUUUGUAUUUGCAACCUAGCAUGUUACACACAGCCCCCAAAAUUGUUAUUUUUAAUGACUUUUGAAAAUUAUAUAUUUUCCGAACUUAAGACAUGUAUUGCAAUUACUGCUGAAUUUGGGUUAGCAUUUAAUUUGGAUUGCUAAAAUCCUAGCGUUCCAUUAUUAUGACAUUGAAAGUGAAUAGUGCCUUACUAUGUACGGUAUAGUCAUGUAGUAAUAGCGCCACCUUCUGGUUAUGUCUUUGCAAAAUUUAAAGCAAUUUGGAGUCUUUCACUUUAUUUCAUUCAUCAUAGAAAAUUAGAGAAGAUAUUGCCUGGGAUUGUUUUGAAAUAUAAAAUUUAAGUCAAACUUUGCAAAUAACUUCUUUCAACUAUUUUUUGGAGAUAAUUUAUAGAUUCAUAUGUAGUUGUAAGAAAAAUAGAGUUCUUAUAUACCCCUCAUUCAGUUCUCAAUGAUAACAUUGAAAAAAACCAUAGUAAAAUAUAACCUGGAUAUUGACAUCGAGUCAAGAUACAGAACAAUUCCAUCACAAGGGCCCCUCAUCGUUGCCCUUAUAGUAACAUCUACCUCUCAUUCUACAGUUUUAGAAACAAACUUAGUCACUUGCCCAAAAUCGCAUUAGGUUCGUAACCCAGUCUUUUUGUUAUCAAAGUUUGGGUUCUUAACCAUUAUGGUAUUACUGCCUCAGUAGAAGCCUUGAAAAGUCCUCUUUGUUUAUGUUGUACUAUCUCUACAUUUUUAAUGAGUUGAAUUUUCAUUGAAUCUGUUGUCAACAUUUUCUAGAACCAUAUUUCAAGUGAUAGAUUUAAAUUUAAUAAUUGAGAAUAGUAGUUAAGCAUCCUGUUCAUAACCUCCCUGAGAGAUUUUUUUUUAAAUUCUGACAUUUGACAUUAUAUAAAUUAAUAAGUUUACCAGAAUAAGGAUUAUAAAAUAUCUUUAGGAUGCACAAUUCUUGCAUUAGAAAUAGUUGUAGGGACUGGUUAUAGCCACUUGGUGUAGGGCGGGAGUGAGGUGUUUUUCCGUGUAAAGAAGCUUUUGACCUUCUGAUGAGGUCUGAGGUCAGAUGGAUAUCGUCAGUGUACAGUAAGCAGCACACAGGAAAGAAGAUGACAUCACAAGGAAUUGGCCCAAAGAAAUAUAAAGUGCAAUAUGUGAUCAAAUCAAGCAUGGAAAACUACACACACAUCGAGAGACUGAGAAGGUCCACGAAUGACGGAGCGUGUAAGAGAAGCAUUGUGCUGGAGGGGCCGUUACAAGGUCCCAGAAGAGAAAAAAGUACUAUAAGUAAAAACUAUGACAUGGCAAUAAGUGUGUAAAUGUUGAUUUGGAAUUUGAAAGGUCCAAAUUGGUAAUUAAAGAUUUAGAUUGUUA